AUGGACCGUAUGGGCAAUUCCAAUAUGAACUUGUUCCAUUACAGAAAUGGUGGUAUUGCUUGUAUUGUGAUCACUCAGCACCUGAUGAACAGGAUCAGACAGAUUGUAAUCAACCCCAUACACAGUGCUUGCCUCUCAGACAGUGACUCUGGGGUUUCUGUGUGUGCACCAAUUAAAGUGCUCAGGAUGAAAUCAAGAAGUGCCCACGGGCCGCCAGCAGCAACUGACAUCAUCAAAAAGUUCUCAGCCAAUCCCAAACCAGCUCACGGACCAGUCAAAGCUGAUCACACCGUCAUAGCGAGUAUUAAGAGUCAGGCUGUUAAUGGUGAAAAUAAACCAAAGAAGGAUUCUUCGUUCACAAGUUGUUCAAUCAACUCUAAUGAAAAAAAUCAACAAUGGUCGCGGACCCCUCGUGUUCGUUUUGAGGAUGAAUCUGAGCAAGAAGCAGAAUCUCGUUACCAUGAUAGAUGUCUUCUGCAAAAGGAAGACACAGGGACGAUUGAUACAAAAAGUCUAAACAGCCACUCUACGCAAUCUCUGGAAAGUAAUAAACUUGAUCUCAGGAGCAAAUCUCCUUCACCAACACCAAGGGAAACAUCACAAACUAUAAGCCAACAAACCAUAAAUGUUCCAUAUAGACGGCAACCAUUUCCACCAGGUGUUGCCAAGAAAGUCCUAAUUGACAUUCCUAGAAGUGGAUAUACCAUUCGGCGUUCAUUGUAUACUGAAAUAGCUCCAGUAGGUACAAACAUUACCAAUAAACAUGUUCCUCAAAGUCUUUGUAAAGAAACAACUUCCCUGGAUGGAAUUAAUUUAAAUGUCUCCCGUACCAAUGAGGAGUGGAAGGGACAAGAUCUAAAUAUCUCAACUAGUAACAAUGGCGUUAUUACUCAGCAAGGAGUCUCACAAACAAAGUCUAUAGAGAGGGGAAUCACAGAAGUUUCGUCACAAGUCACCGUAAUGAGAAUGAAAUGGGGUGGCUCUGAAUCCUCUGUUAGCAGCCAGCAAUCAGACAGCUCCUCCACCCUCAAUCUCAGGCCAGAACCACAGCCGACAGGAGGGGAGCUGCCCAGUAAUCUACAGAAAGGUGCAGAAAUAUCUUUUUACAGUAAAGUGAAGCGAAGCCUGCAUGUUAGAAUGAAGGCCAGCUCUGAUUCACCAGUGCUAAGUGGGAACGACCAAUCAAAGACCAGUAAUCUGAAGGAAAUCUGCUCGCGUCAUGUCAGGUCACUGGGAACAGAUGUUGAAUUCCACCUUCCAUCAAGGUUUCAAGGUAAAGAGAAUGAUGAUCCGGGCACCAAGUCUAAUACAAAUGGCUUCACCCGUACAACAAAAGUAGCUGGUUUAAUGAGUUACUCUGACAGUAGUACCCACCACAGGCCCAAGGACCUGACUCUGACAAACAUGGAGAGAGAAAGUGCAGAGAGAGCCAUCCCGCACAAGGCUCCAUUAUUCUCCAUGAAGAUGAUGAAGACCUUCCUGAAGAAAGGACGAGAAAAAAAUUAUAUGGUCCAUCUACCGUCUCCCCCUCCUUCACAGGAUACCAGGCAGCAUAUACACAGAGAUCUCAGCUCCAGCAAAGAGAAGGUUAACUCCAGACAUGAAGCUGCCCAACCUAGCGGAAAAAUGACAGCAAGACUGAUCAGCACCCAAUCAGAUUCCAGCAGAGUGAUAGAGCUUCAGUGUCCGCAGAUAGGAUUCCAGGGACUGUACCUCGCUAAAAGAAACCAAAAUCCUGAUUCUGCCGAUUGUAGUUCAAAUGUAAAUAUGCUAACAAAUCACUGUGUAACCAAUUACUAUGUAACCAAUCACUGUGUAACCAAUUACUAUGUAACCAAUCACUGUUUAACCAACUACUAUGUAACCAAUUACUAUGUAACCAAUCACUGUGUAACCAAUUACUAUGUAACCAAUCACUGUGUAACCAACUACUAUGUAACCAAUUACUAUGCAACCAAUAACUGUGUAACCAACUACUAUGUAACCAACUACCGUGUAACCAAUUACUGUGUAACCAAUUACUAUGUAACCAAUUACUGUGUAACUAAUCACUGUGUAACCAAUUAG